CUCCUUAUGUUCCCUCGACCAGCAAACAGUCUCUCAAACGGCGUAGAAAACACUGCCUGUUCCAUUGAUACCGGGGACCCCUUGCCAGAGCGUGCGUCACUAGUUCUGGACGUAGCCCAUCCCAAACAUCUUGCUCACACGAUGUCCGAGACAUAUUGUGACACUAUUCAGAUGCCUCAAUUCAACACAACGCGUUUUUGGGACACCGAGGAUGCUAAUCGGUGUAAAGAAAAAUUGAAGCAGAUACAACUGGAACUAGUGCCAUUGGAGGCCCUGGAGCUGGCGUUAGCAGAGAAAUUCGUAUCCGACCAGAAUUUUGACUCAGCUCACAUUCGCGUCGAGCUCAUGAUCAGAGCUUUGGAUGAUAACUAUUAUCAACUCUACGUCCCGGACAUGGAUAAACUCCAUAAACUCCGCAUGGAGCGCAGUAGCAUUCUGGGUAUGCUCAGUGAGCACGAAGUGGUAAGGCGCGAUUUACCGUUCGGUCCCUCACCUCGUCUCAACGGUCGUCGAACCUGGGCUGUUCUCAUUGGGAUCAACGAGUAUCUAUCGAUCCGUCCGCUGUUCGGUUGUGUAUCGGACGUACAUUUGAUGGAGAAGUACUUGACUAUGUACCUCGGGGUGCCCCAGAAUCGUAUCCAGCUCCUCCUGAAUUCCAAGGAACAGACUCCAGCGCACGAUCGCAUCCCGUUGCCCCCUUCACGUGCCAACAUCAUCAGAACACUGACUGGACUCAUUACUGAGGAUGAGAUAAAGUACGGUGACAACAUCGUCAUCUACUAUGCCGGACACGGCGCUUCCUACUAUGAGGACGAAGGCAAUCUUGGCUUCGUCAAGGCUCUUUGCCCCAUCGAUCGUGAUGUCCCUGACACGAACGGCAUCCCCAUCAGCGACAUUAGUGACCGCGAAAUCAAUGUCAUCCUGACCGAAAUUUCCCGGGCCAAAGGUCAUCGAAUCACCGUUAUCUUUGAUUGUUGUCACUCAGCUGGCGCCAGCCGAGAGGUACCCCAACCGGGAGCGCGUAUGGCUUACGGAACGCGAAGUGCUACACUUCAGGAUAUGCUCCUCGUUGGGGAUGGUAAUCUGAAGGGUUAUGACUGGUAUCGCCCAGGAUCAAUCUUAGAAAAGGGCUGGCUGCCGGAUAGGGACUCCCACGUUUUGAUCGCAGCGUGUGAGAGUUAUCAGUUUGCAUACGAGAAGAAGGUUGUACAGGAAGAUGGUACAGUGGGGCACGUUGGAAUUUUCACUAGCUCGCUUGUGCGUGCUCUCCAGUCUGCUUACUGCGACGAAGGGAGGACAUAUGCGGAGAUCAUCAGAGCUUUGGAAUGCUCUUGUCGUCAGCAACCGGUCGUGUACGGUACACACAAGAAUGCGCGUUUCUGGUAUCAAGACUUUUGAAUCAUUCGACCCAGGGAGGUCUCUCGAACUUGUUGUAUACUUACUAAUGACUAGUUUCGUUACUUCCGUAGUAUUUUACCAUAGUCGCUCCAUUGUUAAUUACUGACUAUGAUACAGACAUUUUGCUUAAUAUAAUAUGGAUCGUGAAAGUACGCACG